CUCCUCUCGUGAUGAUAAGAGAGCGCCAUUUUAGAGAAGCAAAGGAAGUUGUUUUGUGAAAGAUAACUUCAGACGCUGAAAGGGGAUAAAGAUUAUAGCUAAUAUAAAGCUAAAUAUAUUACGACCUGCUACUAAUCAUUUAUUUCGGUCAGAGUCCGGAAAGCGAGCAUUCUGGAGAUCAAACUCUUCACGCAUUUGGAGAAGAACUGCAGCAGGCGAAUCUGAGGUCAAAUAGCUAGCUAGGGCCUAUUUUAGCAUAAGGUAGCUAGCUGACUAGCUAACGUUAGCUCCGAAGCUGUUUGGUUAGAUUAUUACUGAGCAUUCUGUUCUGUGCAUAGAAGAAUAAACUAUCUGAACCAUCGCUGAGGACCGGAGGCUCAACAUGGCAGACGAUUUUGACAUUGAGGCAAUGCUGGAGGCGCCAUACAGAAAGGAUGAGAUCAAGUCCUCUAGUGCUAAUGGACAUGAGGAGCGCAGUAGUAAGAAGAAAAAGAGGAGCCACAGUCGGAGUAGUCGGAGCCCGAGCUCUGACAAGCGCCGAAGCAAGAGCAAAGACAGGAAGAAGAGCCGGGAUCGGAAGAGGAGCAAGAGCCGGGAGAAGAAGCGCAGUCGCAGUAAAGAACGCCGUCGUAGCGGCUCCCGCAGCAGAGAACGUGCCGGGCGCUACAGAGGACACCGCAGCCCCUUUUUGGGUCCGAAAUUUAACGGUGGUCCGGGAGGGAAGAUUGGCCCACCACAUGCCAACAAACUAAGUCGGCGCCGCUCAAGAAGUCGAAGCCCCUUCAAGAAAGAGAAGAGUCCAAUAAGGCAACCAAUAGACAACCUAACGCCAGAAGAAAGGGAUGCCCGUACGGUUUUCUGCAUGCAGCUGGCAGCCAGAAUUAGACCACGAGACUUGGAGGACUUCUUCUCCGCUGUGGGGAAGGUGAGAGAUGUGCGGAUGAUCUCUGACCGAAACUCCAGGAGGUCGAAGGGCAUUGCUUACAUUGAGUUUCUGGAGGCAAAUUCAGUCCCGCUGGCUAUUGGGUUGACUGGACAGAGACUUCUAGGUGUUCCCAUCAUUGUCCAGGCCUCUCAGGCUGAGAAGAACCGAGCCGCAGCGAUGGCCAACAACCUUCAGAAGGGGAACGCUGGCCCCAUGCGGCUCUACGUGGGCUCCCUCCACUUCAACAUCACAGAGGACAUGCUGCGAGGCAUCUUCGAACCUUUCGGAAGGAUUGAGAGCAUUCAACUAAUGAUGGACAGCGAAACCGGAAGAUCGAAAGGAUACGGCUUCAUUUCAUUUGCCGACGCAGAGUGUGCUAAGAAGGCCCUGGAGCAACUGAACGGCUUUGAGCUCGCCGGGCGACCCAUGAAGGUGGGUCACGUGACGGAACGUACCGACUCCUCCACCGCCAGCUCCUUUCUGGACAACGACGAGCUAGAGAGGACGGGCAUUGACCUGGGCACCACUGGGCGUCUCCAGCUCAUGGCCAGGCUGGCAGAGGGCACUGGUCUUCAGAUCCCUCCGGCUGCUCAGCAGGCUCUACAGCUGAGUGGUUCAAUUCACUCCAAUCAGAUCCACUUUGGCAACAUGACAACAGACAUACAAGCCGAGGUGAACCCACCCACUGAAGCUGCUUCCACCCCUGCACUGAACCAGGCCAUGGUCCUCCCCACGCAACCCCUGGCCACACACUGCCUACAGCUCUCCAACAUGUUCAACCCACAGUCGGAAAAUGAACCCGGCUGGGACAUUGAGAUUCAGGAUGACGUCAUUGAGGAGUGCAACAAACAUGGUGGCAUUGUACACAUAUACGUGGACAAGAACUCACCUCAGGGAAACGUGUAUGUUAAAUGCCCUACAAUCCCAACAGCGAUGGCUGCUGUGAAUGCGCUACAUGGACGGUGGUUUGCUGGUAAAAUGAUCACGGCAGCGUAUGUACCCCUCCCAACGUACCACAACCUUUUCCCUGAUUCGGUGACAGCCACCCAGCUAUUGAUGCCAGUGCGGCGAUGAGUCUGCCAAGCUUGGAGUAGAUCAGGGUUUCCGCAUUCUCUUUGGGACCACCAGUUGUUUCACUUGUUUGUUGUGUAAUUGAACUUGCACACUUGAUUAAGUAAGUCAGUGGCUUGGUAAUAAUUAACUAAUCAGUGUCAGUUCAAGGCUAAUAUGAAACUUCUUCUGGGCUCUGAGAAGUUUGGGAAUUGGUGGAGCAGAUGUCAGAAUGCCUGUUGGCUUCCAGAAUGUAUAUACUGUUUGCUAAUAUGUUGGAUUUUGUUGAGGAGUAGCAAAUUACACCACUCAUCCACUAGCUUCAUCCAGAAUAAAGACAGAAAUUGUUUUUUUGUUUGUUUUUUCACUCAGACAACUAUCAGAUACUAAGCUUGAUCUGUAACUGCAUAUUUCUGUAGUGGCUUAUAUUGAAAUUAGUUUCAGCCUGCAAAAAGACUACAGUUGGUGGUUUGUGCAGGGGUGGGGUUGUCACAAAAAACUGGGAAGUGGAAACACAGUGGGGGGGGUUUGGGACCACUCAACCUCCUUAAUCCCAAAUAUGUAGUUCUGAUUGCCAUUUUCCUUAUGUUGUCCUCAUCCCAUUAACACUUAUUGUAUAUUUUCGGCUCUGUUCAAUCAUACCCGCACUGUCGUAUUUGGUCAGACUGGUCUUGGAUACUACGCUAAAACAUACAACUGCUACCGGGCUGUGUUUACAAAGGGAGCUCAAUUUUGAUUAUUUUUGUCUUUCAUUUGACAAAGCGGCUUAACUCUGAACAAGAUCACAAUUGGUCUGGCUAUGUAAACACAAACGGAGCAACACGGUGGGCAGUGUCGGCAGGUUUUCACCUUGUACUUGAUUAAUUUGGUCACUAAUUGGUUAGUUUCUACCCUCACCUGGUUGUUUAGGUUUGAACUGGGAACCAAUUUAUAGGAUAAGCCAAAAACCUGCACACAAGGCCCUCCGUGGAACCGAUUUGACACCCUUGGUGUAGAGACUCAAAAAUUUGACACGAAUAUUGUAAAUAAAGACACGAUGUAAACAUAGCUAUUGCCGGUUUGAAUGAAUCCCAGCCUUAGUCAUUAAGUUGUGCUUUAGAGAUUUCAUUUGGCAAGUCUGUUUUUGUCAGUUAAUGUGUUAAAUUAAAGGAACAAACACCAAAAAAGCAGAAUUUGAUCCUUUUUUGUCAACUUCAAAGUAUGUUGUGUUUGAGACUACGUUUUUAACUUUUUGUAAUCAAGACUUGAUUUUGUAAACUCUUGAUUUUAAAUAAAGUGAUUUGGGUGAGUCAAUGUGAUGCAUUUUUGUCUAAAGGACUAUGGGUUGUUUCAGCUGAAAUGGAUGGCAAUGUCAUGUAUUUGUAAUAAAAGCCAGGUUUCCACCC